AUGUCGACGUCGUCUGGCCCAGAGAAGAUCUCUGCAUACUACUCUCUAGUGUUUCCGACCGUAACUUUCUAUGUUCGCACUCUAUCUGUUACUAUCGGACGCCGCUGUCUUCCCAAUCCGAAUGCUGCCGCUACCUCAUCCGCUCCCGACCCAACCCAAGUUGAUGUAGACCUGGGGGCACUCAAGAGCGUUUCUCGCCUUCACGCCAAGAUAGAAUAUGACGAGGACCAAGACCGCUUCAUGCUCGUUGUCGUUGGUCGCAAUGGCGCAUGGGUUGACGGGGUUUGGUCUGCUAGAGGGUCACGAACUCCACUUGGCGAGCGCUCUCAAAUUCAAAUUGCCUCGAGAACGUUCCAUUUUGUCCUGCCACCACCAGCCCCACCGGAAGACACACCUUCACCAAGCUCGCAUUCCUCCAAUCUCAGACUUCGCUCCCCGUCUGUAGAUAUCACCUCCAUAUCGCCCCCCUCUACACCGCAAUCCCACUCGCCACCUCCAAAGGAGUUGAAACCCGCACCCCCACUACCGGACCCUCAGUUAUCUAAGAACUCUAAGAAACGGAAAAAGAGUGAUGCACAUUCCACGCCCAAAUCGAAGAUUAUCUCAGCCAAGACCUCCGGAAAACCCCUCAUUCCGCUUCCGCAGCUUGCCGAGGAUGCUCUCCGAGGUAUUGGCGCCAAAUCAACAUUGCAGGAGAUUUGUGCAUGGAUAUCAAGCCGCUAUGAGUACUACAAACACACUGAUGAGCAGUGGAUGGCAUCCGUUCGUUUCUCCUUAACUUCCGACAAGCGAUUCAAGAAGAUGGAGAAGUGUGGCGAUUCUCUGAGAGGAAGGGGUUUCUUUUGGGCACUUGAUGAAGAGGGCUUUUCUGUGGCGCCAGUAGCGGCAAGCGUUAGCAAAGCGACUUCUGGAGGGAAAGCAAGCAACAGCGGAAAUAAUGAUAAGGCCGUGGAAAGUGAGAAGCCCGCUCAAUCGUCUUCGACAUCGACCGGAAUCCCUCCAGUCCCGAAUCCUCCCGUCCAUUCCCGAGUGGCUCCCAUCAUACCAGCUCUACCACCCCACCCUUCCGCAGCCCCAGCACUUAAGCCAGUCACCGGACCGCCACCGCCCUCUGGCGUAUUUGCAUAUACAUCACUUUCGACUGUCCCUCCAUCCCGCCAGCUGCAACCGACUGCGAAUAAACCCACACCGUCUUUGCCGCCGAAACCUGUGACACCCCAGCUAAUAUCUGUGCCUCAACAACCUGUCGCAGCACCUGCCGCGAGCCAACCAGAUGUAUCGAUUCCGAUCAUUCUAGGGCCAAUACCACCAACACAUCCGGAUUAUUCUCCUUCACAUCCGAAUAAUUCAGCUAAGGAGGGCUAUAUGGUUCUUCACGAACGAACCCUUAUUCUUGAUCCUGGAGUAUUCAGUGGACUGGGAACGGACACACUGAAGGAAUUAGAGGCUAUGGGUGCUCGAAAGGCCCUGGCUGUUCUAGCCGGUCACAUGGUACGGAUACUCAAGGAGAGACGGGCUGCAAGAGGGCGUGGCAGAGGAAGAGGAAGGGGUCGAGGACCAGGGCCAGGACGAGAAUCAGGUAUUGGUCACGGGACUCCCAAGUCGUCGACAAAUGCACCACCGGCUGAUCCUAUUAAGCCACAGCAAGUGGAGAGUGUGGCUGUAGUAGGCGAGGGGCGAGCAGGCUCUCCUUUGGUCAUUAUCGAUGACUCGGAUGGAGACGAGAAGCCAAACGUGAAGCGGAGACGUUUGGAUGAUUCGAUGACCACCGUAUCAUAG